AUGUGGGCAGCAUUAACCACAUCCAUAUCUCGAUACCUGCUUCAGCAUGAGAAGAUCUACCUCCAUGUGACGCUGAAACCCCCAUUCAAUGUGACGUUCCUCAAAAUUGAGUUCUGGAAGACAGUGAGGCCUGCACAACAUGCGAAACUCCUCGCAGUCCAUCAUACCAUAAAUAACAUGAUCCUAGGCAAUACUAUCAUCGCAAGACUAGGCGCGCCCCACUUGGUCAUCACUCGGGAAAUCUGGUUCUAUUCGAGACGGCAGCCUGUCUCUCAACAACUUCCUUCGCUUCCAACACCACAGUCGUUCUUUUCUGAACUUCACCUCUUGGUAGGUGCUGCUCUCCUCCCCGGCCUCGCAUUGUCCUCUCCCGUCGGCAGCGUCGAUGCUCGAGGUGUCAAGGUCAUUUCGGCGCCCUUGGAAAAUAUCACGCCAACCAUCAUAGACCACGGUCCUCUUGAUCUCGAGGGCCUCGAGCGCCUCAAAGACUCCCUCACAAAGUCUAUCCGCCCGACGCAGACGCCGGAGCCGAACAGAGUCAAGCGCCAGGACGCUGCGUCGGGCACCGUUCCCAACUCUUUGACAGUCGCCACCAGCGAUGCCUUCGUUUCGGUCGAUGUCGGUGACAUCAAUCUUAUUGAUAGCAACUCUGCCAACUGUCACUCUGAGGAACUCAACGGGCCAUUUGAUUCUAUUCAGUUCUUCACUGGGUCUACCAACAUGCGCGCCAUCAACGCUACUAGCAGCAGUGGAAACGCAAGUUCAAUCACCAGCAAACUUGAAGGCUGGGCCGAUGCCGGCGUUUUCAAGUUCGAGAACGGCGACCGCAUCAAGGAAUUCUGGGUUCUCGAGAACCGUGGUUCCUUCCAUGGCUUCAACUUCACAACCACCAGCGGAAAGACUUACUCUGCCAUGGGCCAGGUCCUCCGCGACCCUCCUCCGAUGCAAAAGGUCCCCGUCGGAUCCGGCAUCCUCGGCCGUAUGCGCGUGCAGUACUGCAACAUCGGUCUGAUUGGCCAUCUCGGCUUCGACUUCCUCGACGAGCUUCAGUCCGUGUCCAUCAGCAACAUUGCUUACUCUGGCUUCACGGACAAGAUCAUGCCUUCCGGCCCCGGACAGACCAUGACUGUUGGAUCCCAGAUUGUCGACAACCGUAACUCCACCGCUGAGCAAAUCAUCACGAUCAUGACGAUGGAUGCCGUCACUAGGUCGCACACUCUCAGCGUUGCGAACCAGUGGAACGUGGGUGGCCGCGUUGCUGUCGAAGCUGAGGCCGGCAUCCCGCUCAUUGGAAAGAGUAAGGUUACGACUGAGUUCUCCUGGCAGGUGCAGAAGACCACCACCGAGGAAGACACCGAGGGAGAGAUCCUAACCAGGUCUGCCACCAUCAACCUCAAGUGCCCGCCCAAGAAGUACUGCGUAGGCUCCUCCUUCUUCACAAUGUUCAAGAUGAACGUCGAGGCCGAAGCUACAUUCCGCGCCAAGACCAAGUCAGGCAAGGACUUCUUCUGGAAGCAGAAGGGCAAGUACGAAGGCGCCGACUCUCUCGCCCUGCAGCUGCAGGUUGACGAGGCAGACGGCAUCAUCGGAAAGCGCGUUCCCAUCAUACCCAUUUUCCUUGAUUCAUCAAUCUUGAGCAAGCGGCAUUGUACUCUUUUGCUUUCUUCUUCUGCUUGUUGCUUGUAUACCGCGCUGGGAGCACCAUAUUCCCCCAAACUCGUGACUGAUCUGAGACGAGCAUACGAUAAGAUCCAUGAUUUCGAGGGUUUUGAGUCCGAAGGCCUCGACAAGUUUCGAGUGACUCAGCGCUUCUUUGACCACGAUUCAAUUCAGCAAUCCGAUCACCUCUUCUGGCUCUAG